CAUUUUUCCGGCGCCAUUUUUUUUUUUUUUUUUUUUUUCCUGAAGCGUAACCAACUUUUCCACAACCUUUGUGGCCGAUGUCGAUGAUUCGAAUACUUCAUUCUCGUCUAUCCUCUCUCUCAAACGCUCAGGUUCCACUGAAAGCAUCUUCUCAUGGCUUCAGCAAAGCUCAUGGACGCUCAAGUAUUUCUGUAGCUGGAAUACUCCAGGUUCAUGUUGGAGUGACAUCAAAUAGAAACAUCUAUAAUGGAAUUAGGGCUUUUUGUACCGCUGAAGAUUUGUCAAUCAAGAAAUGUGUGCCAUGCAACACAAAGGACUUGAGGCCUAUGACUGAAGAAGCUGCAAAUACAUUGAUGUCACAGGUACCUGAAUGGAGUUUGGUCAAUGAGGGUGGAAUACUGAAGUUGCACAGGUCUUGGAAAGUCAAAACUUUCAUUAAAGGACUCAACUUCUUUGAACUGGUUGCUAGUCUUGCAGAGACAGAAGGUCAUCAUCCAGAUCUCCAUCUUGUCGGAUGGAACAAUGUGAAAAUUGAUAUAUGGACACAUGCCGUGGGUGGACUUACAGAAAAUGAUUUCAUACUUGCUGUCAAGAUUGAUAGGCUCAAUGUUAAAGAGCUUCUGAGGAGGGAAGUUGCUAAACCUACAGUACCCAGCUCUUAAUCUUCCAACUGAGGUUUGAAACCAAUGAAUAAGUUGUUUCUUCCAUUGUAAAGCAACAUAUGUGGAUGUGAAUCUUAAGUCUGUCAGUUAAACCUUAAUCUUGUUUCUUUUCUGGUUUUAAGGUAAAUUUUGUGGGUGGUUUUAAGUUUUAACAUAAAGCUUGUUCUGUAAUCACACACUGCAAUUUUGAUAACAUGAUACAUUUAUUCCAUGUUU